UCUUGUCAAAGAAAACCAGUGGUUCACCAAUCAGCUGUGUAAUGUAGGCGAUUGAGAGAUAAUAUCGCGGCAAGUGAGUCAUGGCAUAAACGCAAAGUAUACUAAAGUAUCAACGUCGAUAUACCAAAUAGUGAACAUGUAAGCAUGUCUGUGUUACUUGAAAAUACUACAAACUGUGUAUGGCUUGCAUUUGAGGCAUUACAACAGGAUAAAUCGGGGCUCGUGCACAAAUCUAAAUUGAAGGUACUGACAGCUAAUAUCGGUACUUUGCUAGAUCUAUACGGAGUAGAAAGAGGCCUGGAACAUUUUCGCAGCACAUCAGCUUUAAACUUCGACCAAUUCAAGUACUAUCUCCAGAAAGAAGUAUUUUCCUCACUGCCAAGUAAAUUGCAAAUCCAAGAAGUGCGUCUAUUUGAGAACAAAAUAGCAGAAGUGUGCUGGCUCAUAUGCAGGAAAAAAUAUUUACCUAGAGAGAACAAAACGUUCUCGGAUAGUUCGAUCUUUCAAAUUUUUAGAGUGUUCUGCGUAUUGGCCGAACUGACACCUGAUCAGUACAACGAAAAUGUCUAUCAAGCUCUUUUACAUCCGUCCGAAGUGUGCAACAUUGCUCAAGCUCUUACAAGUUCACUAGGUUGCAAUUUCGAUGAUGACGAUUUCACAAGUCUCAGUAUUUCUAUGGGUAACUUUAGGCUAGCGCCUUUUAUAGCAGUAUUGGAAUCUAGAUGUUUAAAUGGUGUAAAAGAAGAUGUAGCCAUAACCGAAGCAAUAACAGACAUAUAUCAAAAGAUGGUUGAGGACGUCAUCAAAAAAGGAUUUCUUUCUAAAAAAGGCUACAUAUUUCCGACAAUGAGGGAAUAUUGGUUCGUUCUUAGACCGUCGGAGCUAACAUAUUACAAAGGUAGAAACGAGAAGGAUCGAUGUGGAUCCCUACCUAUCGAACCAGGUUGUAAAGUGGAACCGAAAACUGGAUACAAAAUUCUUCUUCACACGUCUGAAAGGACUUUCGAACUAGGUACCACAGAUCAUAUGAGCAGGUUGCAAUGGAUAUCGGCUCUGCAGCUUGCUUCUGAACAUUCAGGAAAACAUCAGAGUUACCAACGACUUCAAGCAGCGAAAAGACGUCUCCAAAGACAAGGAAGAAUUCAAGAAAUGAUAAGAGCCAAGUUUCAGUUGCAACAAGAAAGAAACGCUAGACAGGCAGCUGAAGGACAUGCAAAAGAAUUAGAAGUAGUGGUUAAAGAAGAAGCAAAGAAAUUAACUGAAUUAGAACAAUUGAGAGUAAAAUUGGAACGCUUGUUAGAGGAAGAAACGCAGGCCAAAAGAGAUGAGGAAAUAGUUAGAGGACUGCAAGCUAGAGUUUUGGCAGAAGAAUGGGAAAAACGUGAGGAAUUAGAACGAUUACAAGAUGAACAAAGAUUCCUUCUUCAUGAAGAACGACAGAAAAGAAAAGAGUAUGAAGAAUUACAGACAGCAAAAGAACAACAACUAAAAUCUGCAGAACAACGUUUGUACCAACUAGAAAGAGAACGUCAUGAUCUAGAUAAGCAAUUAAAAAUCGCAAAUGAGAAAAUGAAAUCUGCCGAAGAUAAAAAAGAAAUUUUGGAAGCUAAACUUUACCAAGUUGCUCCUCUUUGGAGAGAGGGAGAGAGAGUGAGGAGAGCUCAUUCAUUCAUGCCUAGUACUAAAGAGAGACCUGUAAUUUUAGAAGUAAGAUCUGCCACAUUGAAAAGACCAUUAUGAUACUACCGAAGUGAUGUUUUUAUAUUUAUUGCUUAUUUUGUAUUAACUUUUUAAUAAAAAACAACCGAA